UCACGAAUCGAGUUUCUUUUACUUUUCGGUUUCCGAUGAGAAAACUUCGAGCAUAAGUAUGAGGUGACGAAGUGACACCACGUGCCUUGGUUUGCAUUAAAGUCUCACGUUGACUCGAAUGUAAACUUUUCGCUUUUUCUUCUCGUCAUGGCGUUUCAAACUAUUUCAACCGAUUCCCACUCUUCCACCACCCAUUCCUCUUACUCGUCGGCAUUUCCUCCUCUGCAAUCUCUGCCUUUGCACCACUCAUUCCAAAGAAAGCGUCAAUCCUCUCAAAAAUUGCCUCCGCCUUUAGUGCCGCCUAAAUAUCCGUCGUAUCUCAAAAAUACCUUGUAUGCGGGUCUGGCUUUGGAGCAGUACGCGUUUCUCGUCAACAGGCGCUGUGAAUUCAAAACCGAUGCCUCUAGUCCUCCAACGUCACCUCCCAAGUCGGCUUUAUUCCGUUCCACCACACUCCAAGAUUUGCUAAUAGAAGAGAGGACCAAUCUCGAGAAUAUAGACUUGCGAUUGCCUUGCUUUUGGAAUUCCAAAGAUAAAUCGCGUCAUAUUGAAAUUGAUAAAAAUGGGCUCACAUUGUCCUAUGUUGGACCUGGUAAAACGGAGGCCCAUGCAGCUUCCGUACGAACCAAUUUCCCUAUGCGACCUCAGUGCGGAAUAUAUUACUUUGAAAUAAUGGUGUUGUCAAAAGGAGACGACGGUUACAUUGGCACUGGAUUCUGUGGCGGAUCGAAUAAACUCGAACGAUUACCUGGAUGGGAUAAGAAUUCGUACGGUUACCAUGGCGAUGAUGGUCACUCCUUUGCAGGAUCCGGUACCGGGAAAAUCUACGGCCCUUGCUUCACCACUGGCGAUGUCAUAGGUUGUGGAGUCAAUUUUGCCACACGGUCUGCCUUUUAUACAAAAAACGGAAGCUUUUUAGGCACAGCAUUUACCGGCAUCGAUACAUCGGUCACAUUAUACCCAUGCGUGGGACUACGUACAGUAGGCGAGCGUAUUACUGCCAACUUUGGGCAAAGUCCUUUUACGUUUGAUAUCACCCAAUAUAUCAAGGAUCAAAAAGCGGCCUUGUGGGAAAAAGUUGAACCAACGUCGUCCGUUAGCCUCGACAACGGAUAUAGCCUUUGCGACACUCUCAUUAUUUCCUACCUUAUCCAUCAUGGAUAUACCGGCACAGCAUUGGCGAUGAUCAAAAAUGCUCAAUACGCUGCCAAUAAAACAAUCACACACAAUACUCCCGGCUUACAAGAUAUGGAAAUUCGACAGCAGAUUCGUCGCUCCAUUAUUCAGGGAAACAUUGCCGAAGCUGUGCAGACUUUAGAUAAGCACUACCCCGGAAUCUUGACACGUGAUACGACCGAAACAGACCUGCUUUUUGAGCUAAAGUGCCAAGAGUUUGUAGAAUUGAUGCGGGAAUAUAGCCAUGUCGAACGCCAGCAACGCAGUUUGUCUCGCCGUUCCAAUUCGAUUGACACCACCAUAACGUUUGAAGACGAUGAUCAUGUAAGCAGCACCAGCAGUCGGCGAAGCAGCAGCUUUGAUGACGACGAUUUUUCGCCGAGCGAAUACAGACCGUCGAUGCAGCCGUUAUUAUCAUCGUCACCGACAUUACCGGUGCCUGUUCGUGCGUCGGGAAGGCGCUUAAGUUGGGCGGAAGUGGCUGCUUCCUCCUCCCCCACCGGAAACCACGGGUUUCAUGCGUUUUCUGUCUCGCCAACUUACCAAUCAUUCGAUAUCACCGAAACCGAUGAUAUGAUGUAUGGUCGAGGAUCUCGUCGACUCUCAGGAAGGGGUAACAGAUACAGUAACAGCAGCAGCAGUAUUUUUUCCAGCCACAGCCACGUCAGCUACGAUUUGGCUCUCGACGAAGAAGACGAAGAAGACGACAGUGUGGAAAUGGGACCUGAUUUAGCCUUCCUUAUGAAGCGUAUCAUGAAAUACGGUCAAGAGCUGAAGAACGAGUACAGCAAAGAUGAACGAUCCCAUAUUCAGCAUAAAUUAGUGGAUGUUUUCUCGUUAUUGGCGUACCCAGAACCAACUACAUGUCCCGUAGCUUAUCUACUCGAUAAAUCGUGCCUCGAUAGCCUCGCGACCAAUGUGAACACGGCUAUUCUUGCGUUUCAAAAUCUUCCCGCUACGUCCUGCUUGGAACGUUUGUAUCGACAAACCACUACCACUUGCAAAGAGCUUGCUUACUUUGGUAAUGGCAAUGCUGUGCUUCUUAACGUGGAAGAGCAAUGCAAGGCACCACAACAGAGCGAGCCUCAAGUCCAACGAUCCUACUUUUGAGGCACUACCUGAAUCUUUCACCCCAAUUUUAUCCUUGUUGUAUUGUUUUGCCAUAGGUUAUUGAAAUCGGUAUCCAGGUACUCACAGACCCAAACUCCCCUCCCCCGACUUGCUCCCGUUGAAUAAACGUAUUAUUAUCAUUUCAUG